AUGACCGAGACCCGCCGUUCUGGUUUCGCUGCGCUGUGGCGCACCAAGCCCCUCGCGGUGAUCCACGCCGAGGAGAACUCACAGGAUAUCCCGCGUACGCUGGGGAUGUUUGACCUUUGCUGCAUCGGGGUGGGAGGAACCAUCGGCAGCGGUAUCUUCUCCACCGCCGGCUCGAUCAUCUCGGAGACCGCCGGGCCAGCCGCGGUGGUGAGCUGGAUCAUCGGCGGCGUCAUUUGCACCCUUAAUGCGCUGGCGUACAUGGAGCUGUGCACGCGCGUGCCGUCCUCGGGCAGCACGUACGCGUACGCCUACCACACGAUUGGCGAGCUUCCUGCUGUCGUCGCAGCGUGGUUGUUGACGCUCGAGUACGCUGUGUCCGGCGCGGGUGUGGCGCGCAGCUGGGGUGACAAGGUCGAGGAGUGGCUGCUGCUUGAGUACCCCGACAAGAGCUUCAACUGGCUCAACUUGCAGUCCGCUAACCUGUGCGGGGGCCUCAUCCAGUUCCUGAGCAUGGUGGUGCUCCUGGUGGGCGUGCGGUUCGGCAAGAACUUCGUGAAUACCGUCACCAUAAUCAAAAUGAGCGUCGUGGGCUUCAUCAUCGUUGCCGGCUUUGCGGCCAUGGACCCCGACAACUUGUCGCCGUUCGUUCCCACGCGCACCGAGCUGAACGGCGCUAUGGCUUUCGGAACGCAGGGCAUCAUCACCGGAGCGUCCCAGGCGUUCUUCGGCUACGUUUGCUUCGAUGAAGUUUGCUGCCUCGCCGGUGAGACGAAGAACCCCAAGAAGAUCAUGCCCAUUGCCGUCAUGGCCGUAGUGAUCGCCACAAUGGUGCUCAGCGCGCUCUGCUCUCUUGUGCUGUCUGGCAUGGUGCCGUACCUCGACGCCGGCAGCUUUGGAGACGGAUUCGAGGGCCACGGAUGGAAGUGGGCUGGCACUAUCGUGCGUGCUGGUGAGGUGGUGACGAUGCCCGUGGUGGCGCUCAUCGGCUUCCUGGCGCAGCCGCGACUCAACUACGCCCUCGCCUGCGACGGACUUCUGCCUCGCGUCUUCACUGAGGUCGACUCCAAGGGAAACCUGUUCAAGAACACGCUCAUCACGGGUCUGUUCUUCACGGCGAUCGCCGUCGUCGUGCCCUUCGACACGCUCUGGGAUAUCGUCAACUUCGGCGUCAUGAUGUCGUUCAGUAUCGCCAACAUUUCGCUGACGCUGGCGCGCAUGAAGCCGCAGUCGCCCAAGUUGGCCCCCAGUCUGGUCGCCGCGCUGUUUGUGACGGCCGGAUGCACGGUCUUCCUGUACCAGGAAGGCUACGAAAACAGCUCGUCCACGGCGUGUCUGGUUCUCGCCAUCGCCUGCCUCGUCGUCACUAUGGGGAUUGCCGUGGUGUUGUUUGUCAAGUGCCUGCAGACAGCCAACUCGCCUGGCCUGUUCGCUGCUCCGCUGGUGCCGUUCAUCCCGGCGGUUUGCAUCCUCGCCAACUGGUACAUGAUCGCGCAGAUCGACCACUUGGCGCAGGCUCUCAGCGUCGCCUGGAUGGUCGUCGGCGCUCUCUCGUACUUCGUGUACGGCUACUCCCACGCCGAGGCGCGCAGUGGCUGGAGCCGAUUGCUGGCCCAGAGCCUGCCCACCCACGGCGACAGCCUCUCGGCCCCAAUGCUAUCGGCGAAGUUCUCGUUGCAGUCCCCCGCUGCUUAG